AUGGACUACUUGUACUCGCAUGGUCUCAUAUCCAUCGAAAGCUACCGCGCUGUGCAUGCCGCAUGUCCCACAGACAUUUUGUGGCAGUGCACGCGCAACGGCCCCAACUGCUCGGCGUCGUGCAACCAAGUUGUUGACGAAGUGUUGGCUGCAGUUGACGGCGACUCGCUCAACCCGUACUACAUCUACGGCGACGUGUGCCUGCUCAAGAAUGGCCAGGCUAGCGCCCUUCAGAAUUACAACAUCCGCCCCAACACCCACCGUGGCGAGUUUGGCCCGUGCCAAGACCAGUUUGCCGCGGCGUACCUGCAAUUGGAUGUGGUCCAGAACGCUAUUCACGUUGAAGGCGGUCACGUCGCAUGGGUGGACUGCGCUGACCUCAACUACCACCGCACCCCGUCGUCGCUGCAAAAGUACCCGACCAUCUUGCAAGCGGGGUUGAAAGCGCUCAUCUACAGUGGAGACGCCGAUUCAGUCGUCAACUUCAUCGGGACCCAGCGGUGGCUUACGGCCGAAGGGCUCAAGCUCCAGGUCCAGGACAAACAAGCAACUCGCUGGCUACACCGAAACGUACACCAACGUCACGUUUACAACGAUCAAGGGGGCGGGCCACAUGGUUCCUGCGACCCGCCCCUUGCAUGGGCUGUACAUGUUUGA